UAUGCCGGGCCGCAAAGGAGACAAGGAGACAUCGGAGGUGUCGUCCGAAGCGGACACUGGAAGGCCGCAUUCAACUGCUGCAUUUGAAGGAGCCGACAAGAACGAGUGGCCGCGUCGCAGUGGUGACGUAUGCGGUCUCUGAAGGACACGGCCGCGGGAUUUUGGACAUUGAGUUCAUUGAAGAUAAGGUAGUCCUUCCGUCAGUAUCGCAGCGGGGACAUUUACAGGAUCCGGACAAUGGCAACCAGGUGGGGGAUUUGUAGCGCGGGGAAGAUCAGUAACGACUUCACCGUAGCCCUGAAAACUCUUCCUCCCGAGGACCACCAGGUUGUGGCUGUGGCAGCUCGCAAACUAGAAGAUGCACAGGAUUUUGCCAAAAAACAUGGCAUCUCCCGGGCAUACGGCAGCUACGAGGAGCUGGCCAGAGAUCCGGAUAUAGAUGUGGUGUAUGUGGGAGCUAUCCACCCCUCCCACCGGAGUAUUUGUCUCCUGCUUAUGAACGCCAAGAAGAAUGUGCUGUGCGAGAAGCCGCUGGCCAUGAACUCCAGGGAGGUGAAGGAGAUCCUGACCUCGGCCAAGAGGAACGGCGUCUUCCUCAUGGAGGCCGUCUGGACCCGAUUCUUCCCGGCCUCGGUGGAGAUCAGGCGGCUGCUUGCCCAGGGGGAGGUGGGGGAGGUGAAGGUGGUGAGAUCGGAGUUUGGCGUGCCGGUGAAACACUUGCCGAGAUCGAUGCAGAAGGAGCUGGGCGGAGGAGCGAUGCUGGACAUUGGUAUCUACUGCUUGCAGUUCGUAUGCAUGGUGUACAAUGGAGAGAAGCCCGAGUGCAUCCAGGCCAUGGGGGUCCGCAUGGAGACAGGAGUGGAUGAGACUGUCGUCGUCACUAUGAAGUUCUCCAAGAACAGGAUGGCAGUGUUUACCUGCUCUUCAGGUGUACAGCUUCCCAAUGAUGCCAUUAUUGUCGGGACAAAGGGCAGUAUCAGGAUCCCUGCAAACAUGUGGUGCCCCACGUCGUUAGUAGUGAACGGGACGGAGAGCCAGUACCCGGUGCCAGACCCCGCUCUGCCUCUCAACUUCCUCAACAGUACGGGGAUGCGUUACGAAGCCGAGGAGGUUCGACAGUGUUUGCUCAAAGGCCUUAAGGAGAGUGCAGUAAUGUCCCAUGCAGACUCCCUGCUGCUGGCUGAGGUGGAGGAUGAGAUUCGCAAGCAGGUUGGAGUGGUGUACAGCCAGGACUGCCAGUGAUUAAACGUCAUUUGCUAAUGAGCAUAAAUGGUUUAUGUUCCAACUAGACUUCUGCACCAUCAGUUUGGUACAUGGUCGAAGAAAGCCAAACAUCCUUUUUGAUAAAGAUUCCUGCAAUUUGUAAGCGCUUAAGUUCAUUGAACUAAUCAGAAAAUCUCAUCUCAUUAAAAUGUUCACACACUCAA